AACGGCAUUUCCAUCAGAGCCCUAUUCGUUUCAAGUGUUUUUCAUUUUUCAUUAAUUGCUAGCGCCAAACUUUCUGCUCUCCCCCAACUCCGGUCAACUCCUCCGGCGCUGUUUCCGUGUCCCAGACGAUCUUUGUCCGUCGGAAGGAGAGUACUCCCGCACCACCGCUAUCAAAUCAGCGCAUCCAAUCAUGAAUCCGGAAUAUGACUACUUGUUCAAGCUUCUUUUAAUUGGAGAUUCAGGUGUUGGCAAGUCAUGUCUUCUCCUGAGAUUUGCUGAUGAUUCCUAUCUUGACAGUUACAUCAGUACAAUUGGAGUCGACUUUAAAAUUCGGACUGUGGAGCAAGACGGAAAGACUAUUAAGCUUCAGAUUUGGGAUACUGCUGGACAAGAACGAUUCAGAACUAUAACUAGUAGUUACUACCGCGGUGCACAUGGAAUUAUAAUAGUAUAUGAUGUAACUGACCAGGAGAGCUUCAACAAUGUGAAGCAAUGGUUGAAUGAAAUUGAUCGAUAUGCCAGUGAAAAUGUAAACAAGCUUCUGGUAGGAAACAAAUGUGACCUUGCAGACAACAGAGCUGUGCCGUAUGAAACAGCAAAGGCAUUUGCGGAUGAAAUUGGCAUUCCAUUCAUGGAGACUAGUGCCAAGAGUGCAACUAAUGUUGAACAGGCUUUCAUGGCUAUGUCUGCCGACAUCAAGAACAGGAUGGCAAGUCAGCCUGCAUCAAACAAUGCAAGGCCACCUACUGUGCAGAUUCGUGGACAACCUGUUGCUCAGAAGAGUGGCUGCUGCUCUUAGUGGACGAUCAUUGUGAUAUCCUGUGGGUCGGCAUCCGAUCCACCACAUUCCAAUUGGGAAAUUCUCGCUCUGAUGAAGCCUUGUGUGUUCUGCACCUUAUAUUAGUUCCAUUCUUUCUAAGUAUAUUUGAUUUCAAGUGGCUGUACAAAUUACCACAGACUGCUUACUGUAGUAGUAUUUGUCUGGUAUUUGGCCUUUUCAGUUCCGUUAGUUGUGUCCACAGGUAGCAGUGUCAUAGUGUUUGGAAACAACUGGUAAGAAAGACGUGGUACAUUUGGAAAAGGAUUUAUGUAAUAUGUGAUUUGUGUUGGCACUUAAAUUGGGAUAUUCUUUGAAUAAAUUGCUUUAAUCUUCGUUAGGACA